UUGUUUUUCAUUUUAACAACAAUGUAAAAUGGGGGCUAACAAGAAUUCAGAUCGCCAAAUUUGUGGAAAUAUAUUUAUAAAUAUGAAAACGAUAAAAAAUAAAAACAAAGUUUUUACAUUUCAUUGUGCUUUUUGUAGCACAGAAUGUGAUCAAUUAAAAAAGUUUUCUAAACACCUUGAAGAACAUUGGAAUCGUUUUGAAGAUGGAUUAGAACAUGAGAAGUGUCCAAAUCUUCUAUUUGAACCAGAAGAAAUAAAAGUUGAAGAACGAUUAGAUAUGCAAAUAUUUGAUGAAAGAUAUAAUAAAAGUAUUGAUACUACUACAAGCUCAGCAGUUUAUGAAGAUCCUUUAGAGACAGGAAAGUUAGAAAAGAGCCUUAUAAAAAAUAUGAGUGACUCAGAGGAAUCUGUACUAAGAAAUGUUAAAAAUAAAAAGGAAGAAUGCGUCAAUACAGAAGAUGAAAUUUGUGAUGUUAGUAAUGUGGCAAGUUCUAUCCAAGAAACAGACACAAUUAUUGAAGAGUCCGCCGAAAAUUCUUACAUAUUUAAGGAUCUUAGUUCCGAUGAACUAUCUGAUGAUUCAAAUGACGCAGAUUUCGACCAAACAAAGACGUCGGGUAGCCCUCUAAAUAAGAAGAAAGUAACAAAAAAAUCCUCUGAAACUAACAAAUCAAAGAAACGUCGACGGACGAUUUAUGUAAAAAUUUUACCAAGUUUAAUACAGCUAUAUAAAAAAUAUGAAAUUUUAUGGAAAGUGGAUAAUAUCGCAUUUGGUAUAAAAAAUAAGAAAAAUGAAAUUUAUAUGAAAAUAGUUGAUGACAUAAAAUUAGAGCACGAUGUCAAUAUAAGUAUAGAAGAAAUGAACUAUCACAUAAACUAUUUAAAUGAAUUGUAUUCCAAAGAUAAAGACAAAGAAUUAAUAUGUAAAAUGGAGAAAAAGGAAUUUGUACCUGAACAUAAAUACUAUGCAGAAAUGUCAUUUCUCAGCGAUAGUCAAGGUCCAUUUUUAUGUACGAUUUGUAAUGAAAAACUGCCAAAAUAUGAUUCCUACUGUCAACAUAUGGCUCAACACAAUGGAACACAGCCGUUUAAGUGUCCGUCCUGUGAUGUGACAUUUAGUAAUUAUCACAAAUACCUAAUACAUAAAAAACGCCAUUUGGGAAUAUAUAAUUUUCAUUGUGAUAUAUGUGGAAAGGGAUAUUUGUUUAAAAACGAUUUAGAAUGGCAUGUGACUUCUCAUACGGGUGAUAAACCUUAUUUAUGUCAAAUAUGUGGUACCGGCUUUAGGGCGCGUCAUGGUUAUGACAAUCAUAUACGCCGCCAUGAGGAACGUUUUCGCCACGAGUGUCAUAUAUGUAAAAGAGGAUUUAAUCAGCUACAUGCUCUUAACAACCAUGUUAAAUCACAUCUCAAUAUACGUGAUAUAAUAUGUAAAAUUUGUGGCAAAGGUUUUGUCCAUAAUAAAUACUUAAAGAGACAUCAACUUAUACAUGGUGAAGUAAAAAAUUAUAAGUGCAAUGAAUGUGGUAAAGCGUUUUUCCAGGCGUGCGGCUUACGGGCCCAUCGAAAAAACCAUCAUUCUUAAUAUACAAUAAAUAUGUUUAUGUAAACAUACAUAUAGUAGAUAUUAGUGUAUUUUAUAUUUUACUUAUUUUUUUAAUUUAUAAUGUGUAUUAUUGUUUGUUUCUAAUCUGUUUUCUUUGUAUAUACAUAUGUACAAAAA